GCUCUGGUCUGAACAUGGGUGUCUUUGUCCGUCCUGGGGAGUGGAUUGAGAAGACUCCGAUUUGCCUAUCCCCCAAGAAGAUGAAGUACUUUGAGGUUCCUCCUGGUGAGCCUGAUGAACCCUGGAACCCUAAAAUCGAUCUUCUUCGUGGUGAGUCGAUACUCACCGACGACUGCAAAGGGGGUGGUUGUAUGGGUUGGAGGGCUUUGAAGGAUCUGGCUACUCCUCGCGACAAUCCUGCUGCUGAGAUUGACGCGCCGGCUGCCCAACAUAUGAAUGAUAUGCUCAAGGCUUGCAACUCUGCAGUGGAGCUUGUGAAGCUGUACCUUUGCUACCAGGAGCAGAAUGAGGCCCUGCAGAAGAGGCAAGCUGAUUUGGACCAACAAUUGGGUGAUACCAAACGUGAUCUGGAUCAGAAAUCCUCUGAGCUGGAGAGGUUGAAAAAGCGAAACAAAGAGCUGGAGAGUGUUGCGAGCCAGUUGACUGCAGAGGAGAUUAAGAAUAAAGAGUUGUCUGAGAAGCUGCAGGAGGCAGAUGAAAAUGCCAAGACUGCCUACAGAACCGGUGCUCGAGAUGGUGCCUUGCGUUUCACCCGUAGUCAGACUUAUAGCAAACGCAUUACUGAUAGUCACAACGGUGGCUGGUUUGCGGCUCAUCGUUGUGGUGUGCAUGGCAUUGGUCUGACACAGGAGGAUUGCCAGGAUAUUGAGUAUGCAUUCUUGGUGGAGCAGAAGCACAAGGAACCUACUGGUUGGGAGACACAGAUCAUUCCUGAAGAGAUUAUUCAAAAUGCUGAUCCUUUGACUCUCCCUCCCAUUGAGCUGAAGGAAGAAGACUACCUGGAUCCUGCCCUGCUGUCUUCCAGCACCAACCAGACGGAUCAUCAACAAGUUUGAAGGUGCGGGCAGUCAUCACCGGUAUCAUCCUGUGGUUCAUCUGGCGUUGCUGCUUUUAAAGAUUAGGUUAUUUUUUUUAAACGCACUUUUGGUAUCAGCUGUUUGUGGCACUUUUUGCCCUGGGAUAUUUUAUGCUUGUUUUUUGUAAACUUUACCUUGUGCCAUUUUUAAUCAGCUAACAAAUGUCAGUUUUGGUGUUGGCUGUCGAAUUUGCUUUAUUCAGAUGGUGUUGCUCUUAUGUUUAUGAUAUUGUGUUGUUUGCUUUAUUUUUCCAUUUUAUGCUUGCCCUCAUUUAUGCAAUUGUGCUGCUUGAAUCUGGUACUUUACCCCGAGUCAGCAAGCUGAUAGUAGCCUUGCUGACCUACUUUAAGGGUUUGAUUCAUGAUAUUUGACUAUACAUUACCCCGAGUCAGCAAGCUGAUAGUAGCCUUGCUGACCUACUUUAAGGGUUUGGUUCGUAUCACCCCGAGUCAGCAAGCUGAUAGUAGCCUUGCUGACCUACUUUAAGGGUUUGAAUCACGAUUUUUGAUUAUACAUUACCCCGAGUCAGCAAGCUGGUAGUAGCCUUGCUGACCUACUUUAAGGGUUUGAUUCGUAUCACCCCGAGUCAGCAAGCUGAUAGUAGCCUUGCUGACCUACUUUAAGGGUUUGAAUCACGAUUUUUGAUUAUACAUUACCCCGAGUCAGCAAGCUGAUAGUAGCCUUGCUGACCUACUUUAAGGGUUUGAUUCGUAUCACCCCGAGUCAGCAAGCUGAUAGUAGCCUUGCUGACCUACUUUAAGGGUUUGAAUCACGAUUUUUGAUUAUACAUUACCCCGAGUCAGCAAGCUGAUAGUAGCCUUGCUGACCUACUUUAAGGGUUUGAUUCGUAUCACCCCGAGUCAGCAAGCUGAUAGUAGCCUUGCUGACCUACUUUAAGGGUUUGAAUCACGAUUUUUGAUUAUAUAUUACCCCGAGUCAGCAAGCUGAUAGUAGCCUUGCUGACCUACUUUAAGGGUUUGAUUCUUCUGCUUUGAAUUCCUCGACUUUCUUUCAUUUCAUGGACCAUAACAGGCCUGGCUCAAUCGGCCUUUUUGGGUUAGUGACUACACAUAAAACUUUCUAAGGACGCUGGCGUUCCAUGAAUUUUUUAGUGCUGUUCCACCCAUAUCCAUCAGCCUAAAAGCUCCUGGUACGAUUUCUUCCCAUAUCUGAUAAGGCCCCUCCCAGUUUGGGGUUAACUUCCCUUGGACCUUUGCCUUGCCUGUAGCUGCAGUUCUGCGGAGCACCAGGUCUCCUACUUCAAGCUGUCUGUGUUUUACUCUUUUGUUGUAGGCAUUACUUAUGCGCUGCUUGUAAGCCGCCGACCUGAUUUCUGCUCUGAGUCUGAUUUCUGGUAGAAGAUCCAGCUCCUGCUUUAACAGUUGAUCGUUCUUGUUUUCUUCAUAAUGCUGGAUCCUGAAUGUAGGUAACCCUACUUCUGCUGGUAUCACUGCUUCUGAUCCGAAACAUAGACGGAAUGGGCUCUCUCCCGUUGCUUCCUUAACGGUGGUUCUAUUUCCCCAAAGUAUCUCUGGAACAAUAUCGGCCCAACCAGCCUUAUAGUCGUCUAGCUUCUUUCUCAUUGCUGCCAGUAUCUGCUUGUUGGCAGCUUCUGCCUGUCCAUUGCUUUGGGGAUGAAAAACAGAAGAGUAGGCAAACUUGACUUUGUACGUACUCAAAAAACUUUGAACUGGCGAGCAAUCAAACUGUACCCCAUGGUCCAUCACGAUUGCCAUCGGUAAUCCGAACCUGGUGAUUAUAUCUUUCCAUAUGAACUUUUUGACCUGAUUUGCAGUUAUCUUUGCCACCGGUUCUGCUUCUAUCCAUUUGGUGAAAUAAUCGACUGCCACUAUCAGAAAUUUUCUUCCACCGGAUGCCGUUGUGAAUGGUCCCAGAAUGUCCAUUCCCCACUGGGCGAACGGUAUUGGAUUUAGGAUUGGCAUGAGAUCGUUUGCGGGACGAUUGAUGACUGCUGAAAAAACUUGACAUUUUUCACAUUUCUUGACGUACUCCUGUGCGUCUGUUAGCAUUGUCGGCCAGUAGUAUCCUUGCCUUUGGCAUUUCAGUGCAAGGGUUUUUCCUCCCUGAUGAUUUCCACACACUCCUUCAUGUAUUUCUUCUAUCAGUCGUGCCGAUUCGUAUGCUGAUAUGCAUCGUAACAGAGGCAAGCUAAAACCCCGUUUGUAGAGUUGGCCUCUGAUGAUUACAAACCAGCAUGAGUUUCUAAUCAACCUUCUUGCUUCCGUUUUUUCUGCAGGCAGGGUUCCAUCUCUCUUGUAUGCCCACAAGGUGUCAUACCAUUCAGGUUGGCUCGUGAUUACCAUGACCUGAUUUCCCAAUACUUCAGUGCUCCUUCGAUGCAUGACUUCCAUCAUUACUGAUUUUACCAGAGCACUUGAGCUGGCCAGUUUUGACAGGGAGUCUGCCAACAUGUUCUCUGAUCGGGGUACUAAUUUUAUUUCGAAGCUUUCCAACUGUGCCACUGACUGUUUAAGCUUUUCGGCGUAUCGUUUCAUGGAUUCUUCCUUCGUUUCAUAUUCUCCUGAGAACUGGUUUGCUACCAGUUGUGAGUCGGUUGUAAACCUGAGCCUACGAGCACCAGCUGCCGUGCAGAUCUGUAUGCCAGCGAUUGCGGCCUCGUAUUCUGCCUCGUUGUUUGAUGUCUGGAAAGAGAACUUAAUAGCAUACUCGAACUGGUCUCCUUCCGGUGAGGUAACUAUUACCCCUGCUCCUGACCCUGAUUUGGUGACCGAGCCGUCUACUGCUACUUCCCAUAUUCCUUCCUUUAUUUCCUCCUCCUGGUAUGAUGCUUCGACUAUGAAGUCAGACAGUGCUUGGGCCUUUAUAGCCAUUCUGGGCCGAUAUUCCAUGUGAAACUCUGAUAGUUCAAUUGCCCAUUUUAGGAGUCUACCUGAUGUGUCCAUUUUUUGCAUUGCUUUUUCCAGUGGGUAGUUUGUGAGGACUUGGAUCCCGUGUGCAUCAAAGUAAGGUCUCAGCUUUCUGGCUGCAAUCAAUACUGCCAACCCCAAUUUUUCUAUCAAGGAGUACCUCGUUUCUGCUUCUUGCAGGAUGUGGCUGACAAAGUACACCGGUAUCUGUGUUUUAUCUUUCUCUAUGAUCAGAACUGCUGCUACUGUGUGUUGAGAAGCAGAUAUGUAUAGCUGCAGCGUGUCCCCUUCCUCUGGUCGAGCUAUUGUGGGUAGGACUUGCAGGUGCCGUUUUACUGCCUCAAAGGCUGCUCUUUCUGUUUCUCCCCACUUGAAUUUUUUGUUUUGUUUUAGCACGUUGAAAAGGGGCAACGCCCUAUCUGCUGAUUUGCUAAUGAACCGAGUCAAUGCGGCCAUUCUUCCUGUUAACUUUUGCACGUCUUUUAUGCAACCGGGUUCUGGUAGAUUCAUAAUUGCAUCUACCUUAUCUGGAUUGGCAUCGAUUCCCCUUUCGCUUACUAGGAAACCUAGGAACUUUCCUGAUCGGACCCCGAAUACACAUUUCUUGGGGUUUAACUUCAUCCUGAACCUCCUCAGAGUUUCGAAGGUUUCUCUCAAGUCGUCGAUGUGGUCGCUGGCCAAUCGGCUUUUAACUAUUGAGUCAUCCACAUAUACCUCUAUGUUCCUCCCUUUCUGGGAAGCAAAUACCCUAUCCACCAACUUCUGGUAGGUUGCUCCCGCAUUCUUCAGCCCAAAUGGCAUUGCCUUAUAGCUGUAUACCCCUGAAUCUGUGAUGAAGGCGGCCUUCUUUCUAUCGGCUUUACACAAGCUGACUUGGUGAUACCCUGAGAAGGCAUCCAGGAAACUCAAAAGAGCGUGGCCACUUGUUGAAUCUACCAGCCUAUCGAUUCGUGGCAAUGGAUAGCAGUCCUUGGGGCACGCCCCAUUCAGAUUUGUAAAGUCUACGCACAUUCGCCAACUGCCAUUUGACUUUUUUACCAUGACUACGUUGGCCAACCAUUCGGGGUAAUCACAAACUUCUAUGAACCCUGCUUCCAGCAGCUUUUCCACUUCUUCUUUUAUUGCAGCAUUUUUUUCACUGGAGAAAUUUCUCUUCUUUUGCUUUACCGGCCUGACUGACUUGUCUACAUUCAGACGGUGCACUAUGAUGUCUGGGCUGAUACCGGGCAUUUCAUCUGCAGAGAAGGCAAAGACAUCUGCAUUUUCUCGUAACAGGCCGAUGAGAUUGACCUGCUGAUCUGCCUCCAUAUCGGCACCUAUUCGUACCGUUCUUUCUGGAACUCCUUCUACUAAUUCAAUUUCCCGAGUUUCUCCAUCUGCAGCUGGCCUUGGGAUGCAAACCGGCCUUUCAUCAAAAUUUUCCAUGCUCAAAUCGCCCCUCUUUCUUUUGGUUGGCAUGUUUGCUUCUCGGGCAAGGUUGGUUUUCGGCACCAUCCUUCCUGGUGCCUUUAUCGCUGUCAGAUAACACGAUCUGGCAGUCUCCUGACUGCCAUGUACCCUUUCUGUUCUUUCCAGAUUUGAGAGAUAUAUCAUGGUCAAAUGAUAUGUGGACACCACCGCCUGUGCGUCAUGAAUGAAUGGUCGACCAAUUAUUACGUUAUACGCUGCUGGUACUUUUAUCACCAAAAAGUCGACCAUUAAGUCCCUGGCUGAUGAUCCUCUACCUACUUGAACCGGUAGACGGAUACUGCCUUCUGGAUAGACGCUGGCUCCAGAGAAACCGAUAACAGGAUAGCUCACCCUUGUUAACUCUCCGUGAUCUAUGUUCAGCUGGGUGAAAGCUUCCCAGAAUAUGAUGUUCGCAGAGCUGCCUCCAUCAAUCAGGCAUCUCUUGACGGGGAAGUUUGCUAUCUCGAGUUCCAAUACCAGCGGGUCAUCAUGGGGAUAUAUAAUGCCGCGACAAUCGUCCGAGGUGAACGUGAUGACCGGUAGGGGGAUUGGUUCCGGCCAUUUCCUUGCGCUAUGGUAGCUCACCAAAUGCCUGUGCUCCUCUAGAUUUCUUAUUGCCCCGCUGACUGUACCUCCGUGCACGGGCCCUCCAGAGAUCACCCAAACCGUGGGUCUCUUUCCCCUAUCGGCCCCAUCUUUGCCUGCUUCCGGUAAUGACCGGAUUUCUUGCCGGGAUGGUGGUGCCUGUUCAAUCCUACCAGUGGGCUGUGAAUACCCUGGCUGAGUAGGUGUAUAUGGGGCAUGACUAUGCGAACUGCCCUGCCUGUUAUUUCCUCCCUGGCCUUCCUGUCGAACCCUGUACUGGGAUAGGUUAUCCCCUUCUUACCAGCUCUUCGAUGUUAUCCUUGAGCUCUUUGCAAUGCUCCGUGUAAUGACCAUGAUCAUUAUGAAAAGCACAAAAGUUCUUAUCGUUACCUGGGGCAUCCAUUGGUAACGGUUUUCUCCAUGCUGCCGAUUUAUUUAUUGCGUAGAUCGUGGCUCUGGCGGUGUUCAGGGGAGUGUACAUCUGGUAAGCCCCUACCGGCUGUUGUCUGUUCGGAUAUCCUCCUCUCUGCUGAUGGCCCUCCUUUCUACCGUUAUCUUUCCGGUAAUUGUGUUGCUGUAUGGGAACAUGAUCCUUCUUGGCCGAUUGUACUGCCUGAUUUCCCCCCAUGGGUGAUAUUAGCAUCAGCUCAUCACUCCUGAUAUACUCAUUUGCUUUUCUCAAGGCCUCCCCCAGCGAGGUAAAUGACUUUCUUCCCAGGUACCUUUUGAACUCGCAUUCCUGCAUCCCUCUCAACAGAGCCAAGACGGCUAUUUCUUGCUGUAAAUCUGGUAUUGUGAUGGAUUCGUUGUUAAAACGAGUAAGGUAUUCUCUCAGUGGCUCCUUCGGCCUUUGUGAGAUUGACAUCAGCUCUCCAGAUGUUUUCUUUCGUUCAACCUUGCUAAUGAACCGCCUCACAAAGUCCUCUUGGAUCUGCCGAAAACUGAAUAUUGAUCCGGCCGGCAACUUCUUGUACCAAUCGGCUGCCACCCCUGAUAAUGUGGUUUGGAACACUUUGCACCACAUGGCAUCUGAGUCAGAAUACAGCAUCAUGUGUUGUUCGAAAGCGGUGGAGUGAUUUUCGGGGUCUGUGGUUCCGUUGUAUUUGCACGUCGGCAUCUUUACUUUCUCCAUAGGUUGCUCCAGUAUACCCCUGCAGAGUGGGGAGUCUUUGGGGUGUAUGGUUCGCCUCAUCGGCUCCUGAUGAGGUAGAUAUCCUUCAUAUCUAUUCCAACCUGGCUGUGGAGACUGUACGAUGUACUCUUCAUGAUACGGUGUCGAUUCCCUACCAGCAGGAAACGACCCUUCUUGCUCUGACACCGACCCCCGGCGUCUAGUGGACCUUUCUCUGCGCCGAGAGUUAUGCCUUUUCCUUCUACCCGGAUUUUCACUCUGUACAAGUAUUGGUUCAGGUUGUGCUGGCAGUACCACUUCAUGCUCUAGGGUUUCGUAGAGGUUUCUAACCGGCAUCACACCCGGGCGAUUGCCGGUAACCACGAUCUGAUUUCCCUCCGUCCUCCUUGAGGACAGUUCAGUCAUUGCUUUCAUGACGGCCGACGCCGUCAGCAGCUGUUGUGGUGUGAACCUUUGGGACAACGCCGAGAGGUUGCUCUGAAUCUGUGGGGGUGAUGGGGAAUCUUGUGCCCUUUCUUCCAUGGACGUUUCGUCCUCUAUGAUCACGUCGUUCGGGUCUUCAAAACCUGGGGGGGCAAUGCUUAUCUGUGACUUGAGUGUUUUUGGGGGAGGAUCGGUAAGUGGUGUGACUUGGCUGGUUGAGACAGGUAAGAGAGAAGGUUUGACUGCGGGUUGUGCUACUGAUGUUGGUGUGAUCACUGCUGAUUGUGGGAGAUUGUUGUUUUUUCUAGGUUUUUUGUUGUUGGUAUCCAUGAUGGCUGAUUUACUUGACAAGGUUGGGAGAUCCCCUCCUUCUAGCGCCAAUUGUUCCGGUAUGAUUUGGGAACGGUUGGAGAUGUCUUGCUGGUUGGGUGCUGCUGUUAUCCUGAUGAUAUCCUGCGCAGAUAACAAAGAUGAACUAGCCUCGAGGGUGAUUCGAGGAUCCCCCUCCGAUGCUAAAGUCAGAUAUGAUGAGUGAUAAGUAUUUUGGUUUUUGUGGAAAUGAUAGUGUUUUGCGUACCUUUUGUCAUAAAUGAAGCCCAUAUAUAUAGGCGCGGGUCGGGCGUACGGACAAAUGGGUCCUACCCGAUUGAUAGCGACCCGUUGACCUCUUGGUUUGGUCACGUGCCUCCUCCCUACCGGCUUGUAAGAGAUGUUGGUAGGGAAUAAUAUCUGCCGUUAAGGAUUAUUUGCCUUUAUCCUUAACAGUUUGGCGAUGCUACCAGCCAGCUGGUAGCAUACCCGUACAGGUUCCUCAAUGAAGAUUUGUAUGACAUAUAUACCUUUACCUAAAUAAAGCUUGUAGGUUACAAAAUUGUGAGUGGAGUAGUGAUUUUGAGAAAGUUUUUUGGGGUCCAUGACUCCAUUCAUGGCCAAGCUUGCAGCUAAGUAGCAUAAAAUCUACCAUUCUUUUGAUAUAGUUUUGUUUGAGUAUUCUCCUAAUUGAGCUGUUGAAAUUUUCAAAGUUAUUACAAAUUGCUGAAAAUGUGGAGGAAUGAGAGUUUGGAAGCACCAUCUCCAUUGUAUAAGUUACAUCAUCUUUGUUGCAGACUGCCACUAGAGAGUAGAGACCAUUUCUGUCUCGAGCAACCUUGCAUUGAAUUAUCAGGGACUCAAGGUUGUUUCCUUGUUGGUUUUAUGAUGUAUAGAACUUGGUUGAAAAGUUUCGGCAGAUGUAAAGAAAAGUAGAAAACUGAUGGCAUUUUCAGGAUUUGAAGCUCUUUAUGUUGUUGUUUAAUCCUGGUAUUAAAUGCUAUACGUGAGUCGGGUGUUCCUUGUUAGAUUUGAUAUAACCAAUAUGCAAUUCUUAAUUGAGCAUCAAAGUUUGAAGUGAAAAUGUAUAUAGCACUUGAAUGUUUGUCAACUUUAUACAGGAACCUUUUGUGAAUAUUCCUGAAGAAAGGGUACGUGAAGCUCUAAAGGCUGCACUGGGUA